UUUUUUUCUUUUUUGGAGCCAUGGCCCGGGCAGUGGCUCUUGGAAGAGGAACAAGUGUGGGAAAAGGGAGGGGAAGCCGAAGCUAAAUGACAGGAUGCAAGCGACUUGAGCUGCACAAGCAGGAGCGCGUCUCAGAGCCUGGCAGAGCGGGCUGAGCACCGCAGCCCCCGCGCAGCCGGAGCACCUCGGGCUGCGUGGACCCCCCGGGAUCGGCUUCGUAGCAUCUCCGGACCGUUCGCUCGCCCGCGAUUCCCACUUCUGCCUGCGGAUCCGAGAAGGGAGCAUGGAGAGGACGCCUCUCUUCUGCGCCUUGUUCGCGCUCGCCCUGACCGUGGCCGGCGCCUUCCGUAACGAUAAAUGUGGGGACACCAUCAGAAUCGAGAGCCCCGGAUACCUGACGUCCCCCGGAUACCCACACUCCUACCACCCGAGCGAGAAAUGCGAGUGGCUGCUGCAAGCACCGGAUCAGUACCAGAGAAUCAUGAUCAACUUCAACCCCCACUUCGACCUGGAAGACCGGGAUUGCAAGUAUGACUACGUGGAGGUCAUUGACGGAGACAGCGAGCAUGGGCGGCCAUGGGGCAAGUUCUGCGGGAAGAUUGCCCCUUCCCCUGUCGUGUCCUCGGGGCCCACCCUCUUUGUCCGCUUUGUGUCUGACUACGAGACUCAUGGUGCGGGGUUCUCCAUCCGCUACGAGAUCUUCAAACGAGGUCCUGAGUGCUCCCAGAACUACACGAGCCCCAGCGGUGUGAUAAAGUCCCCAGGGUUCCCAGUGAAGUACCCCAACAGCCUUGAGUGCACCUACAUCGUCUUUGCCCCGAAGAUGUCGGAGAUCAUCCUAGAGUUCGAGAGCUUUGACCUGGAGCCUGACUCCAACCCCCCGGGAGGUGCAUUCUGUCGCUAUGACCGGCUGGAGAUCUGGGAUGGCUUCCCUGAAGUUGGCCCUCACAUCGGGCGCUACUGUGGACAGAAGACGCCAGGUCGGAUCCGUGCUUCCUCGGGCAUCCUGUCCAUGGUGUUCUACACGGACAGCGCCAUAGCCAAAGAAGGCUUCUCGGCCAACUAUAGCAUCCUACAAGGCAGCAUCUCAGAAGAUUUCAAAUGCAUGGAAGCUCUGGGCAUGGAGUCAGGGGAGAUCCACUCCGACCAGAUCACUGCCUCCUCCCAGUACAGCACCAACUGGUCCGCAGAGCGCUCCCGGCUGAACUACCCUGAGAAUGGAUGGACGCCGGGGGAGGACUCCUACCGAGAGUGGAUACAGGUAGACCUGGGCCUCCUGCGCUUUGUCACGGCUGUGGGGACACAGGGGGCCAUUUCCAAGGAGACCAAGAAGAAAUACUUUGUGAAAACAUACAGGAUAGACAUCAGCUCCAAUGGGGAGGACUGGAUCACUCUGAAGGAAGCCAACAAACCCCUGAUCUUCCAGGGGAACUCAAACCCCACCGAUGUUGUAUUAGGAAUUUUCCCCAAGCCGCUGAUUACACGGUUUGUCCGAAUCAGGCCCAUGACCUGGGAAACGGGUAUAUCCAUGCGCUUUGAGGUCUAUGGCUGCAAGAUUACAGAUUACCCCUGCUCCGGGAUGCUGGGCAUGGUAUCCGGGCUCAUUUCUGACUCCCAGAUCACAGCCUCCAACCAGGGGGACCGGAACUGGAUGCCCGAGAACGUGCGCCUGGUGACAAGCCGGUCCGGCUGGGCCCUGCCUCCUACAUCCCAUCCCUACACCAAUGAGUGGCUCCAGGUGGACCUGGGUGAGGAGAAGCUGGUACGAGGCAUCAUCGUGCAAGGGGGCAAGCACCGGGAGAACAAGGUGUUCAUGAAGAAGUUCAAGAUCGGGCACAGCCACAAUGGUUCCGACUGGAGGAUGAUCAUGGAUGACAGCAAGCGCAAGGCCAAGUCUUUCGAGGGCAACAGCAACUAUGACACGCCUGAACUGCGGACAUUCCCACCACUGCCCACGCGUUUCAUCAGGAUAUACCCAGAGAGGGCCACGCACGGUGGACUGGGGCUGCGCAUGGAGCUGCUGGGCUGUGAGCUGGAAGCACCCACGGCAGGGCCAACCACCCCCAAUGGGAACCCAGUAGAUGAGUGUGAUGAUGACCAGGCCACCUGCCACAGCGGCACAGGGGAUGAUCUCCAGCUCACAGGUGGCACCACUGUGUUGAGCACGGAGAAACCCACAGUGAUAGACAGCACCAUCCAAUCAGAGUUCCCCACAUACGGAUUCAAUUGUGAGUUUGGUUGGGGCUCACACAAGACCUUCUGCCGCUGGGAGCAUGACAGCCAGGUGCAGCUCAGGUGGAGCGUGCUGACCAGCAAGACUGGGCCCAUCCAAGACCACACAGGGGACGGCAACUUCAUCUACUCCCAGGCUGAUGAGAACCAGAAGGGCAAAGUGGCCCGGCUGGUGAGCCCCGUGGUGUCGUCACAGAGCAGUGCCCACUGCAUGACCUUUUGGUAUCACAUGUCUGGCUCCCAUGUGGGCACACUAAGGGUCAAGCUGCACUACCAGAAGCCGGAGGAGUACGACCAGCUGGUGUGGAUGGCCAUCGGACACCAGGGAGACCACUGGAAGGAGGGCCGCGUGCUGCUACACAAGUCACUGAAGCUUUACCAGGUGAUUUUUGAGGGAGAAAUCGGCAAAGGAAACCUGGGCGGGAUCGCUGUGGACGACAUCAGCAUCAAUAACCACAUCUCUCAGGAGGACUGUGCAAAACCUGCAGACCUGGAUAGGAAGAACUCAGAAAUUACCAUCGAUGAAACAGGCAGCACCCCGGGAUAUGAAGGCGAAGGGGAAGGGGACAGGAAUAUCUCUCGGAAGCCAGGCAACGUGCUGAAGACCCUGGACCCCAUCCUCAUCACCAUCAUCGCCAUGAGCGCCCUGGGUGUGCUCCUGGGUGCCGUGUGUGGGGUGGUGCUGUACUGCGCCUGCUGGCACAAUGGCAUGUCGGACAGGAACUUGUCUGCCCUGGAGAACUACAACUUUGAGCUCGUCGACGGCGUCAAGUUGAAAAAGGACAAGCUGAACACACAGAGCAGUUACUCAGAAGCGUGAAGGCAGGUGGCCAGGCGGUGUGCAAAGCUGAAAGUUGAGAGCCGCAGCAGACAAUGGGGUUUGGCACCAGGCACCGUGGACCUCUCCCUGUCAGACUGGGAGGUGUGUGGCCAUGGACGCUGAGCCAGGCUCUUCUCAGGAGCUGCUGUGAGUGUGGCCGGCAGACACGAGCACAGAGCUCACUCCCUCGUGGUCACGUGCAGUCAGGAAUCACAUGCUGGCAUGGCAGCGGACGUGAUGGACUGACCUAAUCAUUCACUGCAACUCCCCCUCUCUACUCACUCCUCCCUCCCUAUGUGCGCUCUCAGAAGCAAUGCCGGCACCCCGUGUGCCCGUAGGGCCCUGUUGACGGAUGUGCCACCUGAAGUAGCCCAGUGCCCAGAACAAACCAGAACGGCUGCAUUUCGUCGGACCCUUUGUGUCAUUGCCCACAGCACGGGUAGGUCCAUGAGGGGUCGGGACAUUGAGUUGCCAGGGCAACCUGGGUCCCAGGUUAACAUGCAUGGGCUGUGUUUACGAAGCAAUACUGCCAGCUCCUCUGCAUGCCCCUUCCGGGUCACGACGCAGAACCUGGCGCCCAUGAGCUCUGCGGACAGAACCGCGUGCCCACUCCGCCACGCCCCACCUUGGCACUGGCUAGUCUGCAUCCUUCAAGUGCCUUUCGUUUGUACUGGUUCUCCGUGUUCCAUCGGUGACCCACUCUGUUUCCUGCCGAGGAGGUGCACUUGCCGUCCGUCCGAGCAUGAGGGAUCCCAGUGGGAGGCGCCAGCCCCCAGGAAGGCAAGGGCUCUGUUGUGGCAGCGUGGCUGCACUGGUCUGCUCUCCUGUGGUCCGACCCCGUGUCUCUUGAUGCUUUUGUAUAAAGCUGCAAUACUCUACUGUUCUUUCAUACGGAAUGUAUUUUCAGAUGUAAACUUCAGCUCCCUCUUGCUUCUCUCUCUCUCUCUCUCUCUCUCUCUUUCUCUCUUUCUCUUCUGUCUCGUUUCUUUCUCUUCUAGAAUUUAAGCAUUUGCCAUGGUCCAGGAAAGAAACCUGCAGCUUUAACCUGCUGGGAAUGGCAAAACGUUCACUAGAUUUUAUGUUUCAAAGUAAAUAAAUAAGGGAACUUCCUAACUUGGCCCUCCAAAGUCUAACUUUGGUUUUCUUGUUAACUGGUUGGAGUGACAGUAUCCUUUUUCCUGAAGCCGUUUGUCUGUCCCUCCCAUCUGAGCGCUCUUCUGUAGCAAUGUUUGCCUUUGUUAGAAACAGUGAUAACUUGAGGGAAGCAAUAAUGCAGCUGGCUUUCCAGUGAGACCCAGAGGCAUGACUGAAGUGAAUCUCAGAAAUGUCUGUAAAGGUGAGACAUUUGCCAGGCCCCUGGCUGUUUAGUUGCAGAAUCAGUGUAGGAGGGAGAUCCAGCUAGGGGAGGUAGCUUAAGGCAGGAGAAGGAGAAGGGACCGCAAGGUGCAGCCAGAAGUGUAGCCUAAGCUAUAUUGGGUAGCAAUCCUGAAGGCGUAGACUUGAACUGAUGAUGCUUCUGGAAACUUCGACAACAACCUGCCCUGGAGCUGGAAUGCCCUUCCCCUCUCCCGGCACUUGAGCAUUUGCUGGGCUGGGUCCAGCCAUGCUGUGGCAGCACUGCACAUCUGUCCCCCCGCCCAGUCCCUCCUCAGCUGAGCCACCUUUGCAUCAUGGACCCCAGGCUCCACUCAUCUUGGCUUAAUGGGAUUAAGAACACCUUUUGCUUCCAGGAAAAGUACUGAUCAUUGAGAAAAGAGCAGCUUCUGUCCGCAGAGGCCUUACUAGGCUGUAGCCAAGCCAGAGGAGGGCACUGAGGUCACGUGGCUUUCUUCGUUUUCUUAAGACAACAGACAGAAAUCGUCCUCAGCCAAGGAAAAAUGAUACUGCAACUUUGAAUUUUAAAGUAUCUUGCACUGAUAAAUAUAUUUAAAAAUUAUAUGUUUAUAAAGUUAUUAAUUUGUAAAGGCAGUGUUACAGAAUGUUCAGUUUAUAUUGUUUUAGAUGGUUUCGUAAUUUUUAAAAGGUGUAAAAUAACAUAUUUUUUUCUUUAUUGAGAUCUAUAGACCUUUCUGUGAGAAAAUGUUUUCAUUUUACUGGUGUAUUAUUGCUUCAUGUUUUGUACCAUCAUAAAACUUUGUGCAAAUUUUUUUUACAGAAAUUUUUAUUUUCUACAACAAUGACACUUGUAAAAUGAACAGCGAAGCCUUAACUUUAACUGAUGUUUGUAUUCUCAGACACUCAGCAGCAUAAAACCAUGUAGGACUGAACUGUAACCUAAACUCCAAACUAUGACUACUACAUUCCAAAGAGACAGCGAAUUAAACGUUUUCAUAAAA